CCUGCUGUCCUUUCGGGAAACAGUGUGACACCGGCAAGAACCCUAGAAACGUCGAUUCCUGCGGACCCAGAAGUCACUUCUGGGAAUUUGACGUGGACAUGAUUUGCCACACGCACAAAGCCUUACACACGAGGGGCGGUCAUCGAAGCCCAGUGUGACGGAGAAGAAUUGGCACGAAUGUAAAUGCCUGACUCCAGGGAAAUGUCACCGGGCGGGUAACCGGGAUACGCAGAAUCUUGGGAAGAUGCUGCCGGCGGGUGUUCAGUAAGGCUGGGAUUCCAGUGGCGAGUCCAGUCACGAUCGUACCAAAGUAGGCGAAGAGGAUGCCUGUGCUGGCGAAGUCCUUCAGAAAGAAAGGCCAGGCCGAGCAGGGUCGUAUGUGACUGCUUUCUUGUUUUUGAGUGGAACGAGGUCCGGGGCGGAGGGGUGUGACCACGUGGUGGUGCGAGGCCUGCGUGGCAGGCGAGGCCUGGAACGGGGUCCUUCGCGCCCAGACACGCUGACCACAUGCCCUGCAUCUGUUCAGAUGGGGCCCAGAUGCCCGAAGAGCCAGCCUUCUGUGUUAGGCACUGUGGACCCCUUCACUCAACGGGUCAGAUCAUGCACUCAGCAGGUGUUUGUUGGGGACCUGCUGUGUGCCAGGCAGUGUUCUAGGCACUGGCCUACAGCUGUGAACAAAACCCAGAAUCUUCCUCCUGCCCUCAUGGAACUGAUGUUCUAGGGGGGGAGACGAACCGGCAGAUGUAAUACGUGCUUCUCCUGCACAUUCCCAUGAUGUCGUCCAGCUGCACAGCCUCCUGGAUCCCCUCCCUGGUCUGUCUUCUGCCUCUUCUAGCCUCUGCCCAGCCCUGACUCCUGGGUGUUGUUCGCUCCUGGGGCCCUGCCCAUCACAGAGGCUUCAGAGCAUUCCAGCCCUGCAUGUCCCUGGGGACUGCCCCUGCCCAUGGGUCAUCUUUUCAUCAGAUACUCUCUGGGUGAAGAAAUUAAACCUGUUCAAGAGAGGGGAACUGAGGCAGGGUCCUGGUACAGCUGCUCCCGCGCCCUCCCCUUACCAGUGCCCUGCCCGGGCAUCUCUCACAGCCACGAGGACGGCCUGCUCUGCCGGUGCCACGGAUGGGGCCUGGCCCCCGACACACCCCAGGAAGUUAGAUGUGACCAGUGGCCGCGAUGCAGCGUCUGCCUGCUCCCCCGUGGGUGUCCCCAGCCAGCCUGGCCACUGUGGGCUACCUGUUAUGUACCAGGCCUCCUGACUACCCUUCAGGGAGACAUCGCUCCCAUUUUACAGACGGGGAAAAUGACAGGAUCUGCUCACCACCCUUCAUGGAGCUCACGAGCCUGAGUGGAGACGACACUAUGAGGCUCCUGGAGCAGAACGGCCUGGCGUUCCCCUUCAUUUGCAAAACCAGAGUGGCUCAUGGCACCAACUCUCACGAGAUGGCCAUCGUGUUCAACCAGGAGGGCCUGAGUGCCAUCCAGCCACCCUGUGUGGUCCAGAACUUCAUCAACCACAACGCCGUCCUGUACAAGGUGUUUGUGGUGGGCGAAUCCUACACUGUCGUCCAGAGGCCCUCGCUGAAGAACUUCUCUGCGGGCACGUCAGACCGGGAGUCCAUCUUCUUCAAUAGCCACAACGUGUCGAAGCCGGAGUCCUCAUCGGUCCUGACCGCGCUGGACAAGAUCGAGGGCGUGUUCGAGCGGCCGAGCGACGAGGUCAUCCGGGAGCUGUCCCGGGCCCUUCGGCAGGCGCUGGGUGUGUCACUCUUCGGGAUUGACAUCAUCAUCAACAACCAGACCGGGCAGCACGCGGUCAUCGACAUCAACGCCUUCCCAGGCUACGAGGGCGUCACCGAGUUCUUCACAGACCUCCUGAACCACGUGGCCACAGUCCUGCAGGGCCAGAGCACGGCCACGGCAGCCGCGGGGGACGUGGCCCCCCUGAGGCACAGCAGGCUCCUGGCGGAGCAGGCGGGCAGCCUGGCGGGCGAGCGGACGUGCAGCGCCGGCCCCGGCUGCUGCAGCAGCAUGAUGGGCCCGGACCCCCCCUGGACGUCGGAGGCCGACGCGGGCGGCGUGGGCCCAGGCGGCACCACCAAGCUCCCGCACCAGAGACUCGGCUGCACCGCCGCCGUGUCCCCCAGCUUCCAGCAGCACUGCGUGGCCUCGCUGGCCACGAAGGCCUCCUCCCAGUAGCCAUGGAGCCCGGGACCCAGAGGGCGGCGCGGGCCGCAGGGUGCACCUGCUGGGUCAGCCCCUCCCAGCAGUGACGCUCCUACUAAGAAUUCCCAGCGAUCUGAUUCUCCUUUUUCGUCUUCUUCUUCUUCUCCUUCUUCUUCUUCUUUUUUAAUUUUUAACCUGAUUUUCUGAUGUCAUGAUUGAAAUAAGGGGUGGUGGAGGGGGAGAUGGAAAAGAACCCUAAGUGGUCCAGCCUCGGGGCAGAUGGACAUCCCGCCUGAUACCUGCUGUGCAGAUGUCUUCACUGGGUUUACACUUGCUGUGUCUUCAACACUAGUUCUGAAUGUGAGGUGGUGUGUGUGUGUGUGUGUGUGUGAGCGAGUGUGUGAGUGUGUGUGCACAUCCACGUCUGUUCGUCUCGAUGGCUGCUGUGGAUCAGGCCUCGGGGACCCCAGAGGGGGGCAGGCUUUUGGCGGCUGAGCAGAGCGAGUGAGGGGUUCCUUCUCUCUCUCUUUUCUCCAAGCCCUCUGCACCUGGGCCGGGCCCCCUCGCUGUCACCCUCCGACUGGCCGCUUCCACAGCCUUGUGCAGAACGGGGCCUAGAGCCCCAACCAGGUGUGCAGCUGUCCCUCCCAAGAGCAAGAGCCAGAGGGAGUGAGAGGUGCACCCACUGUUUCCUUGGGGGAUUCCACGCGGGGGGUCUGGGCUGUGGGCCACCUGUUGCCUGCCCACAAAAGGGAAGAAGGAAGGCCUUGAGUUGGCUUCCCCUUUCCACGUCCAGCUCCCUGGGGUCCACCAGGCCCUUCAGCCUGGGUCCCGUGCAGCCCUGCAGGGGGGCCUCCCUCCCUGGCCAGGCGCUGCUCCCCAGGACCCAGGAGGAGACUGCCUGGUUGGGAGCCCCCGGGCUGAUCCCGCCUGUGCCAAGGAUUUGUGCCGUGACUUUGGACAAAUCACCCCCGGAGUUGCUGGGCCUCUGUGUCCUCAUCUCUGAUGAGUGGUUGAGCCCAGAGCACUCUGAAGGGCAGGCUUGAUGCCCGAGCCCCUGCGGUGCAGCCUGCUUCUCUGAGAAGUCAACCUGCUGCGCCUCCGCUUGGCAUCGAGGCGCUCGGGGGCCCUCUUCCCCGGGAGGGGGCGGCUGCCUGUACGCUUCACGUCUUUUCACACCCGCCCAGCGGGCCCGCUCCACCCUUCUCCCAUACUCACUGUAAGCCCUAAGCACUAAGCCAGCCAAGUGUGAAGGGAGCUGAUCCCCAGAGGGGAGGAAGCCGUUACCCCCUCCUCCAUGAGCGUCACCCCGGCCCCUGAUGGCAACAGAUCCCACCAGCCGAUCGGUCCGUUCCCACAGUGCAGCGGGCAGCCCACCUGCCCCUCCACAGAGAAGGGGGCCAGCGAGAGGCUUUGUCAGCCCUGGGACGAGGUGAACCUGGGUUUGAUGCAUAGGACCCCCUGAGCAUGAUCUUGUGUCUUCAGAUAUCCGUUCACUUUGAGAAAGCGGGAAGGGCCUCUGGGCUGCCCUGCAAGGUCCAGUGAGGGUGGCCCCAGAGAGGCUGCUGACCUGGGUGCUCGGAGGGAACUUCAGUCCUGGCUCAGCGGGGGCGUGGGGGUCGCCCACCUUCCGGAAAGGAAGGGCUGGGUGGUGGCCGCCAUCGAGCAGGGCUGGGCCUGGGGUGAGGGCUGGUGCCAUUGGAACUGCCCGGCUGUCCUGGAACCCGAGGGCCCACUGACUAACCGCGUUUACACGACUUGAGUGUUGAACCCCGAUUAUAAUGUCUGUACGGCGCCUUUCCUAGUCCAACCCUGAGCCCCGGGGAAGCAGGAAAGCGCGGCUGGCCUCUUGCACUGCUUUGUCUCCAAAAUAAACUACUGAAAUCAAA